AUGUGCCACCAAGAAAUCGCUGCCAAUGGCUGGACCAGCAUGCCGGCCAAUGCGGGCGCCAUCUUUGGUGACCAGCCUUUCAUCAAUAAACCGGAGUCCCUCUCUCUCAGUGACAUCAAAUUCCCAUUUGAUGACCCCACGGUUGCAAAGACUUUGAAGUAUGCAAAGGAAGCCCUGCAUCCCGAAACCUUCAACCAUUCAAUGAGGGUCUACUUCUAUGGAAUGGCCAUCACUAAGCAGCAGUUCCCCGAGCAAGCUGCUGCUCUUAACCCGGUGACUUGGGCUUUGACAUGCUUGCUACACGAUCUCGGCACGGCCGAGGAAAAUCUGACGGCAACCCGGAUGUCCUUUGAUAUCUACGGGGGAAUCAAAGCCCUGUAUGUUCUCAAGGAUUUCGGCGCCACUACAGAUCAAGCCGAGGCAGCUGCUGAAGCCAUCAUCCGACACGAGGAUAUGGGAGUCGAUGGAACGAUCACAUACAUUGGCCAACUUAUCCAGCUGGCCACGACUUACGACAAUACCGGUUUCCAUCCGCACGUCAAGGAUUUCGGUGAACUAAUCCACAAAAACACUCGCACUCAGAUAAAUGAGGCCUAUCCACGCAUCAAGUGGUGUGAAUUUUUCUCCAGCGUCAUUCGCAAAGAGGAGAAGAUCAAGCCCUGGUGCCAUUCGACCCAUCUUGUCAACUUUGACAAUGAGAUUGAGGCCAACACCCUUAUGAAGCAGUGGGAGUGA